AUGAUUGUGAGGAACCUUAACACAGACCAACAUGCUCUUCUCGAAUUUAAGCACCAAAUCAUUGAUCCUCACAACAUCUUAGUCAACAACUGGACCACCACUACCUCUGUUUGCAAUUGGGUUGGUGUCUCUUGCGCUUCUAAGCAUAGGAGAGUCAGCACUUUGAAUCUUCCCAACAUGGAUCUUGCAGGAAUUGUCCCUCCACAUUUGGGAAAUCUCUCGUUCUUAGUAUCUCUUGAUCUGAGUCACAACAAUUUUCAUGGCCAUUUGCCGAGAGAGUUGGGGCAAUUAAAUCGUCUGGAACUUAUUGAAUUAAGCUUCAACUUUCUUAGUGGGGAAAUUCCUUCGUGUUUUGGGGGAUUAAAAAAAGUUUUAUCCUUGAGUCUCCAGAACAACAAUUUGACAGCUAUUUAUAACAUUUCCUCCCUACAUAUGAUUUCUCUUUCAUUCAACAAUCUAUCUGGUAGUUUACCUGAAGAUAUAUGUCACCAUCUUCCAAAUCUUGAGACACUUUACUUGGGCUCAAAUGAGUUUUCUGGUCAAAUUCCAUCAAGCAUAGAUGAAUGCAGGUGUCUUCAAAAUUUAACAUUAGACUCUAACAGAUUCAGUGGCAGCAUUCCAAGGAGUAUUGGAAAUUUAACGAGGCUCAAAGUGCUAUACUUGGGUGGCAAUAAUUUGGAAGGUGAGAUCCCUUCUGAAAUUGGAAAUCUUUUGAGCUUGGAGAUAUUUGCUGCCCAAAAUAUGAGCCUUGUUGGUCCAAUGCCAGCUUCCAUCCUUAAUCUUUCUUCCUUGAAAGAAAUUAAUCUCUAUAACAAUAGUGUCUCUGGUAGUAUUCCCUCAAAUAUUGAUGCUUGCAGCAAUCUUCAAAAGUUAUCAUUAUCUUUUAAUCGCUUCAAUGGAUUCAUUCCAAAAAGUAUAGGAAAUUUAUCCAAACUUGAGGAGAUAUAUCUAGGUGAUAAUGAUGUAGAAGGUGAGAUCCCUUCAGAAAUUGGAAAUCUUCUAAGCUUGAAGAUAUUUUCUGUCAGAAAUAUGAGGCUAAUUGGUCCAAUACCGGCUUCCAUCUUUAACCUUACUUCUUUGAAAGAAAUUUAUCUCUAUAGCAAUAAUCUCUCUGGUAGUAUUCCAGAUAAUAUAUGUUACUCUCUUUUCAAACUUGAGGUGCUUCACAUAUCCCACAACGAAUUUUCUGGUUACCUUCCAUCAAAUAUUGGUGACUGCGGUGAAAUUCCAUGGGAGAUUGGGAAUCUUAUUUCAUUGGAGAUAUUAGAUGCACCAUUCAUGCAUUUAAAUGGGUUGAUUCCACAUGCUAUCUUCAACAUUUCUUCUUUGAAAAUAAUUGACCUCCCGAACAAUAAUCUAUCAGUGUGUAUCUGCGUGGAGUAG